AUGGUGCCUCCUGCGGAUGCGGUCCCUGCAGUGAUGAUUGGCAAAAGGGUGCCGCCGUCGGGCACGGUGCAGGGGCCGUCCCUUGUUCCGCCUUCUGCCCUCGCAGACGACCCUGUGGGACAAGAUGCCGCCCCUGGGGCUCCUCCGCCUGGCGAGGUGAUAAACCUUGAUGAUGAGGCGGAGGACAAGCCGGUGGGGGAGGCGUCAGCGUCCGGUGCCCCGACCGCAGAGGCGGCGACGGUGAAGAUGGCAGCGGUGGCAAAGGUGGUGGCGCCUGCUCCGGCGGCGGUGAGGGAGGUGGCGGCGGCGGCAACGAUGGCGCGUGCGCCGGCAGCGGUGACGGAGGCGGCGGCGGCGGAGACGGUGGCACGUGCCCCAGCGGAGUCGACGGGGACGGCGGCAUCGGAGACGGUGGCGCGUGCUCUGGCGGCGGCGACGGAGGCGGCGACAGCGGAGACGGUGGCGCCUGCCGCAGCGGCGAUGACGGGGACGGCGGCGUCGGGGUCGGUGGCGCUUGCCCCGGCGGCGACGACAGGGACGGUGGCGUCGGGAUCGACCGAAAAGGCCUGCUGUGCCCUCAUCCCGCUUGCUUGUGGUCCCAACACGUGGGGUGGGCCGACCUUGCGCUGGAUGUCCCUCGAGGACCUGCAGAGGCACCGCUUUGUGCUGGACGUGUCGGGGAGUGGAAAAGAUGGCAGUCGGGGGAAGUCCGAGUUCCUCCUACGCGAGCGGGGGGUCUGGCAGCGCUUCGCUGUGGAGACGUGGCGGACCUGGGAGCUAACCGGGAAGCUUGCCACCGCCGAGCAGAAUUUCACCGACCUACGAGCGCGCGAGCAGGAGGCGCGUGAAAUUGCGCGGUGGGCGGAGGACAAGUUUCGGGCCGUCGUCGAGAAGGCCCGCCUUGAUGCCGAGGAGUUCCAGGCCGCUGCCGACAAGGCCCGCCACGAUGCCGAGGAGCUUGCCCGGCUAAGGAAGGAGCAUGAGGUCCUUCAGAAAACCGUUGAGCGUAUCCGGCACGAGCGGCAUGCGGCUCGGCAGGAGCGCGACCUCGAGGCGGGUCGGAAGAUUGAGGCUGAGAAUAUGGUAGCUGACCUUGGGGCGGAGGUCAGUCGGCUCCAUGCGCAGAUGCAGGGGCUUCAGACCGCUGUGUCCCAAGGGCUCGACCGGGAACGUCUUCUGAAAGCUCAAUCUGAGGGCCUUGAGGCUGACCUCGCCCGGCUGAGGGACGCUGCCAAUGCGGAGCAUGUCGAGCACGCCAACCUGCGGAUGCCGUCCGCAUCAUCUGCGAGGACCUUAGCGUGGUCCAAGUGGAAGGGACGAGCACGCUGGCGGCUCGUGUCCUCGGGGCGUACCGGCGGGCCUGUGAGAUCGCUCGGGAGGCGCUCCAUGUCGGCGUGA